AUGCACUUGGUGAAUAUGAUGGAGAUUAUUAAGGGACUAUUGGAGAUAAGGAAUGAGACUUUAUGCAACUUAGGGGAAAGCUGUACAGCAGCUGAGAUAAACAUCGAAACCAAUAGUUGCCAUGUUCUUCGAGAGGUUAUACUGCUCACUCCUUACUCGAUUUAUUGUUCAGCGAUCGAUUGCGUUUCUUUGAUGCUCUGUGUUUGUAAUCUUUACAUGCGAACUUUCAGAUCAAUCAGCAAUCUGAUCUUCCAAGUUUUCGCAUUCAUGGGACUCUUAGGAAAAAGUUGUUUUUGUUUGGUUUCUGAAACUUGCAUUCUUAUGAGUUGGGUGAUGGCAAACUGGAAGGGUAAACUCAUAUCUCUAUUCCAUAACAGAGGUUGUUUUGGAUGUCCUAAGGUCCCAUUUAUGAGCAAUGAUAAAAAACAGCCACCUGGAAAUCUGAAAAAAGACAAAACCAUAAAUAUAAAUAAACCCAACCUGGCACAAGACUUUUGGAGCAGCAGCACAUAUGAAAUGGACAACAGUGCUGCCCAGUCACAAUCAUCACUCUCCAUGUCAAACCCUAACCUCGAUUCCCAUUCCAAUUCCAAUUCCAAUUCCAAUUCCAAUUCCACCUCCGGAACCAAUCCUCCGGAAUUCAGAAACCGUGGUCUCCUUCUUUGGAAUCAGACAAGGCAACAAUGGAUUGGAGAUAAGGGUUCUUCUGGUCAACAACGCAAAAAGAAGGGUAAAGAACCUGCCAUAAGUUGGAAUGCAACAUAUGAUAAUCUGCUUGGGACAAACAAGCCUUUUCCAAAGGCAAUUCCUUUACCUGAAAUGGUGAAUUUUCUUGUGGAUGUAUGGGAAGAAGAGGGGUUGUAUGACUGAUGAGAGAUAUAAUCAUAAUCAUAAAUGAUAAUGGAUCGCUAUUUUCUGGGUGUAAAUUAGGCAUACUGGGACAUCACUUUUAGGGG